CUAGACCGGUUAGGUCGACUGUCGGUGUGGGGGUUUGGAAAUCCAUUGGGAGAGGUUGGGAUGAUUUCUCAAAGCAUAUUAGAUUCAGAGUCCGGGAAGGAAGGGAUAUCCGGUUUUGGGAGGAUGCUUGGUGCGAAGAUCGUCCUUUGUCUCGUUUGUACCCGAGGUUGUUCAGGAUUGCUGUUGAUAGACAUGCUAUGGUUGCUGACUGCUAUUGCCUUGAUAGUGGUAGGUUGUCUUGGGAUGUUUAGUUCUGGCGCUCCUUUCAGGAUUGUGAGUUGGAUGAUGUCAUUGGUUUAUUGGACCUUCUGUAUAGAUAGGAGAUGGAUGGCACGGGGCCGGACUCAUUGACUUGGGUGCUUUCUCCUCAGGGGAAGUUCCAAGUCCGGUCCUAUUUUCACCAGCUUUCAGAUUUUCGUGGAUCCACCUUCCCGUGAAAAACUGUCUGGCGCUCGAUGGCUCCUUUUAGGGUGGCUUUCUUUGUGUGGACUGCUGUUUGGGGCAAGAUCUUGACUCUUGACAAUUUGAGGAAGAGACGACAUGUUAUCGUUAACCGGUGUCGUAUGUGCAUAAAUGAUGGAGAGUCUGUGGAUCAUCUUCUCUUGCACUGUCCCGUUGCUCAUGAAUGCUGGAGCCUUUUGUUGGGUUUCUUUGGAGUUCAAUGGGUUAUGCCCCGGACCUCAAGGGAUUUGAUUGAUGGUUGGAGGGGCCAAAGGGUGGGAGCGCGCGCUUGUAAUUUCUGGAGGGUGAUUCUCCUUUGUAUUUGGUGGAGUCUGUGGAAAGAACGCAACCGAAGAUCUUUUGAUGGGGAGGGGACUUCCAUUGGGGCUUUGAAGUUCGCUAUUCUUUGCUCUCUUUUUAGUUGGGGCAUGGGGAGAGAUUGUAUUUCUUUGGAUGAGAUUAUGGACUUUUUGGGGUCGUUGGGUCCAUAGAUCUCAUUUUCUUCUCUUUUUUCGUCUUGUACAGUCCUUGGGAAGCGUUCCCCUUUUGAAUGCCUUCUAUUACAAUUUACUUAUCAAAAAAACAAGAACAAUGGAACAUACAUAUCAAUGACCUAUAAUGGAAGUUGGUACUUUUAAGCGUGGAAUAUAGCUCAUCACCAAAAUGACUUUGUUCUGUAUGAUUGGUAUUGCUUAUGAUAUUUAUUAUUCAUGAAUCUGAUGGGGCCCAUUUGGUCUCUUUGUGAUGAAUAAGCUAACUACAAUAGUGAGUUCUUAUUUUAUUAGGCUAAGUUAUUGACCUUAGUUGACAUAAAUGAGUUCCAAAGAUCUUGAGCAAAUCCAACCAAUAAUACACCCAAAAUAUUUCUAGAUCCCAAUACAACCAAUAAUACACCCAAUGCCAGAUAGUUGCUAGGAAGCAACCAAAUAUUUUGGGGAUAAAUACCAAUUGCAAGUUCUGACGACGCAAGAAGCACUUGAUCAUAUUACAAUCAACAACCAUUGUAAUAUUAUCUGAAGAGAACAGCUACCCAGCUAACUUUUAUUCUUAAAUACUGUCAGUAUACAGGUAGAUCUCAUUGUGAAAGACCUACUGGAUAAUUCAUGAAUAGAGCCAAAGAGUGAACAACAUGGAUUCAGGCAAUGCAAUGUAGUUAGACUCUAAUGUGGAUCCGAAUGAAUCAUCCUUUCCACUCAUUGAGCAAAGGGUAUGAAAUAAAUCAAAUGAAUUUUUUGAUCAAAAGUAUCAUGUGAAAUAUUCGGUUACAACAGCUUGCGAAACAAAGGCCAAUAAAAGAAGAGAACAUGUAUGACUGGCAUAACAUUCAUGAUUGGAUUCAAAAAAACAUAUCCUCGGGCAAUUUGGAUGAUGAAUGCUUUUAAGUAGUCGGCUUGGCCCUGAACCUAUGUGCCUAUGACUUUGAGGACAGGUUUGAAAGUCAUUCAGUAAGAUUCUCGGGAAGAUAGGCAGUUACCCAAGGCACUGAUAUUCUGAUUCUCUCAAUCAUAUGCGUUUUAAAGAGUUUCCAUCAAAGCAACUACUAGAGUAUCUCCUCCUAUCAGAGUAAACCAAGGAAUACUAAAGAACAUCCUUUGGAAGCCAAGAGGGCGAUGCCCUCAUGUGUAGGACGAGUGAACAACGAUGUGCAAGAAUAGGGGGAUCUUACAAUUCUUGUCGGGUUGUAAUUGUAACCCUCUUCCUAGUUUGUAAGAAAUAUAUUAAUAGUUGAUGAAGAAGACUCAGAGAUUUUAUCCUCUUAUUGCUGUGGCUAUAUCUGAUAGUAUUCACCAGAGAUGUAUGGGGUUUAUGGUCCCCAAGGAUAAUGUGGUGACUGCAUUGAGUGAUCAUUGCUAAUACCAGGGUGAUGAUAUGUAACUAAGAGUGGGGGAUCAUAACCACCUACAUGGAUCACGUCCCUAAUCAAGUGCCAGAUAUGGGCCAUAUCCAUAUGGUGGUGGAGGAUUAUAGCUUUGACCAGAGCUGCCGUAAGAUUUAGAGGAGUCUUUAUAAAUAAGUCCUCAAAACUACGUAUUUUAGAGGGCUACUCCUUGGAUAACUCAGGCUCCCUUCGGUGCCUUCUUCUGCUAGAGUAAAUAGUAAAUCUACUAGGACCUCCACCGCCUUGGCUUGAAGGUUUGGGAGUUAAAGACGGAAGUGAAAUAUCCUCUCCUAUCUAUCCUGAAGAACCAAUAUAAUCAUAUCCUUUGGCUCCACCUCCAGAGCCUCCAUUACCAUGGCCAUCAUCACUAGAAUAAAAUGAGUGCAAUCCAUCACUGCCUUGAUCACUCUUAACUAAUGAAUGACAAGGUCUAUUCUAAGAGUCUGGAGCAUGAGAAGUGGAGGGACCAAGGUCAUGAGGCUGACUAGCACGGUGACUAGUAGUAGUUUUGUGUCAUGCUGUAACCCUCGUCAUCAUCACCCUUCCAACCAGAUAAUCCUGACCAUCAAGUAAUGGAUCUUCCCUCUCCUCUAACCAUGGGAUCAAGAGAUCCAUUUCGAAAUUGUAGUCAAGGUUGAUGGGGUUGAAGCUAUUGUCAAUUUCCUGCUGACUUCUCCUAUGUAAAUGCCUCAACUUCAGCUUCAUAUCAUAAUGAAUAGGCACCAAAUGCUGAAAACUUGGAAAAACAUAUUGCAGUUUGUUCCUCGACCUUCUAUAUGGAUUAGGCGCAUUUGCAAUUGGGUCUUUUGGCUCAGAACUUUGACUGCAAUAGGUUGAAGCUCCGGAGCACUACAGCCAUAAAGUACUCACCUUUCAACUGCAAGCACAAGAAUUAAUUUAAUCAGAAUUGAAAGGCAAAUAGGCAAAUACUCAAAUAGGCAAUCCACCAUCUAAAUUGAAACAUGAAGUAAUUGAUUUACUAGGAUUGGGAUUUGUAACUGCCCUCUCUGCCAAGGGAAUGCCAGAAGAUUCUUUCUGCCCUUUGUACAAGGAUUGGUAUUUUCAUCACACCACAACAAACGUGUGGAAUAUGUUAGGCAACAUGAAAUAUAUGGGACAUGUUUAGUAGUAUUUUUUUAUAUUGUUUUCUAAGAGAAGAAAAAUGAUGUGAAAAACUUGUUUGGCAGAAUAUUUUUAAAAAUUAUUGCUUAGUUUCAUGAUUGUGGGUCCAAAUUACAGAAAGUCUUAUGUUCAUGUUUUCUUGUUUGUUAUGUAUUUUUUUUUUACAUAUAUUAUGAUGUAUGAUCCCUGAAACAAUUUACAUUAGCUUUUCCAAAGGAUUUACAUAUGUAUAGAGAAAGAUUUUCUUUUAAUAGCAUUGUUGCCUUUGAGAAUAUGUUGGGAAUUAGGGCAUAACUCUAUUUUAUAGAUAUUCAGAGCUUAUUGCUUGCAUCAUGGAAAACGUGUUUCAGUGGAGCAUAUUUAAGUUUUAUAUAUAAUUACAUGAAAAACUGUUUGUUAGGAUAUUUUUAGAACUGUUUCUGAAAAAAAAAAAAAAAAAAAAAAAAAAUCCUUCAAACCUGUUUAUGAGAAACUACAAAAAAUUUUAUGUGUUUUAAAAAAUGUUAAUCCAUUAGAAAAUGAAACGAUCUGAGAGCAACCUUUUUAAAUAAUUCUUAAUUGUUUUAUUUUCAAAAAAUGCAAAAAAUGGAAACACUAGGAUGAAUACCAAAACAAACAGGACUUUAAUUUUUUUUACGUAGAUCCCGUCUUUUCUCUCUUUUAAUUUACCUGUUUUUGUCCUUUUUCUCUUUUUACCUGUGAAUUGGUGGCAUAUGGAAGUGAGGACUGCUUAUAUACAGCUGCAUUGUUUGCCUGAAACAUAUGUACAUACAUAUAUGCCUCUCUCUUGUUAUUCUGGUUUUAUUUGCUCUCUUGUUUUCUCCUUGCUGGUGGCUAUGGUGGAUUUUUCUCCAAAUUUAGAGGAUGGUGAAAAAUGGCUGCCUUCUGAUAUCUAUGAAGAAAUUGUCCCUGAUAAAUUUACUUCUGAUGCUCUUGCUGAUAACAUCGCAAAAACAUGUGCUGCAUGGGUUUUAGAUGAGCCGAUCGGAUCUGAUUUCGAAAUUUCAUCCAAUGGUUAUCUUGGUGCUAAUGGAGUUCCCUGUGAUAGCAAUCUAUGUCCAUUUCAAUCAAUAUCUGGAUUCAAAUCUCCCUAUAGUUCUGAUGCACAAACUCAAGUCCAGGUUGAGAGCUUUAAGCAUGCAGUAACCACUAUUUCGAAGGAGAAACAAAAUCGAUUUUGGCCGGUUCAUUUGAAUGAGGAAGUAGAGGGUUUUGUUGGUUCUAGAGGGACUGGUGUCUUUCUUCCGCGCAUUACAAUCCAUGCGAAGGAAUCUGAACCGGUUAGAGGAACUGGUGUUUUUCUUCAACCCUCUGUUGCAGAUGCAACCACUGUUUUGCGCAGAAAGAGAAAAAGUGGGAAGACUGGGCAGGGGACUGAAAAGAUAUCUGUCACCAAAAAAGAAACUCCGCAAAAGAAAAAGUAAGAAAUAUAGGCACACACUCACACACCCCAUACUUCCCCAUGUGGGGCUCGAACAAUUCACCUUCCCUUUUGGGAGGAGAGCUUAUACCACCUGCGCCAAUGGCCCGGUAGUCUUCUACAAUGAAAUUUGGUAAGUGAGAUUUUGAGUAAGUGCUUACAAUUCUUUACUUGUAUCAUAGUUGUCCAAUUGUUGUUUUAUACCUCUAUAGACUUCUAUAAGUAAUACAGAUGGACAUAGAUAGAUAUUGUAACUAAAACCUACAUUAUGAUUAGAAAUAUUUUGACAGUUUGAUGCCAUACAUGGAAUUAUAUCAACUUUAAGGGGAAAGUUAAAAAAAAAAAAAAAAAAACCUGUUAUAUACAGAAUGUGCAAAUCUGCCCUUGGUGUUCAAAAACUCCCUUUACCGUUUUCAAAUUGAGCAAAUAAGGACAUUUUGUCAUUUUGAAAACUGAAAUACCUAAAAUGCCCUUAAGACAAAAAUAAAAAAUAAAAAACACUGAUUUCACAAAACGGUGAAUUCUUUGUCUCCAUUCUUUUCUAUUACACUCACUUCACCUACUAUGUUUAACAUUAAUUAUUCCAUAUACUUCUCUUUCCUUAGCUAUCCAAAUAGGAGGAGGGGUAACAUUGUCCAUUCCUAUUUUUCUUUCUUACCUAACUAAUGCUAUCAUUUUCUUUAAUUUCCCAUUAUUCAAACGCAUGUAAAGUAACAAGUACAAAUUUUAGUCCAGAUGAAUUGAACUCGAAUUCUUUUCACGUGACAGUGAUUCACAAAUGCACAGGGUGGAAUUGACAAGUAGCACAAUUUAUAUGGCCUAACCAUGAUCUAGGUCAUCUGACAUUGUGACACGCAUCAUCAUCUCAGAACAAAAGCAUCAAAUUUAGAUGUCUCGUACCGUCUUACGCAACGUGUUGCAAACACACGGGUGCACACAUAUGUUUUUAUAUAUCCUGCCUUCUAAUACCUGUCAUCAUUAAAAAACCAAAGUAUGAAAUUUCAUGUCUCUGACACAAGUAUUUGCGACAAUUUUUUUUAUUCUUUUAUGCAUGCGUGUAUAUCCUGUCUUUUUGUCCAUUCUCUCUUUUCACUCCUUACUACUGUAGCAGCGUCACAGUAAUUGAAAAACGGCUGGUUAUAUAUAGCAGCAUAGUCCCCUGAAAUAAAUUUAUAUAUUCUCUCUAUUCUCUCCUUCUCUAUUGUGUCUUGCUUGCUCUUGUUUUUCUUUGUGCUGGUGACCAUGAUAGAAUUUCCUCCAAAUUUAGAGGAUGGUGAAAAGUGGCUGCCUUCUGAUGUCUAUGAAGAAAUAGGCUCUGAUAAAUUUCCUGUUGAAUCUCACAUUGAUAACAUUGAUAAAGAAUGUGUUGCGAUGGUUAUUGAUGAGCCGGUGAAAUCUACAGAAGAAAUUUCUAAUUAUGUAUUCUUCGAUUCUUGCUGCUUUCUCUUUUUUCUUUCCCUUCUUUAUUUUUUAUUAUUUUUUUCCCAGUUGGUAAAAGUAAGAUAUUUAUGAAUCAUGAUUGCGAAGCCAUAUCUAUCCUGCCUUCAUUUUAUUUUACCUUAUUCUUUAAUGUUGAGAUGAGAGUUAUGCAUUUAUAUCUAUCCUACCUUCAUUUUGUUUUACCUUUCCCUUCAUGUUGAGAUGAGACUUUUGCACUUGUAUAUAUGUGUAUAUAUACAGUAAGCUAAUUAAUUUGGAUCAUGUUGAACGAUGUCUAGGAUUUUCUUGGGGCUAUAGGAUUUCCCCUUGAUUGCAAUCAGUUUGCAUUUCAAGCAGGUCUUGGAUCACUUUCCCUGUACAGUCGUAAUACACCAAUUCUAUCUAGAGAGUUAAGGAAAUAUCAGAAUUUUUUCACUGAAUGACAUAGGUUAUUUACAGUCUUUUUUUCAUAAUAAUUAUUAAAAAACAUACAAAAAUUAAAAAAAGUCCCUUACCUUUAUUCAGUUAGUAAAGGGCAAGGAUUGGACACAACAAUACAUCACACAUAACCUAUCAAGAAAAGAGAAACUAACAUUCAUAUUUUUGUUUUAUUUAUUUAUUAAUAAUAUUUUCUUCCAUUUAUUUAUUUUAUUUGGAAAACUUGUCAUACUAUAGUCUGGAUUUGGUGAUAGUUUGUAUUAUGUUUGUCAUCAUAGGUUGAGAACUUUGAGCAUGGUAGCGAUUUGCAGGAGCAGCAAAACGACUUUCGGGCAGUUCAUAUGAAGGCAGAGGAAGUGAAGGGUUUUGUUGGUUCUACUGGGACGGGUGUCUUUCUUCCCUCUGUUGCAGCCAUUACAAAGGAAGCUAAACCAGUCAGAGGGACAGCUGUUUCUCUCCAUCCCUCUGUCACAGAUGCAACCGCUGCUAUGCUCAAAAAGAAAAAGGGUGGAAAAAGUAAGCAAGCGAAAAAGAUGUCCGUGGCGAAACAAGGAUGCUCAGGGAAAGAGAAGGUUGUCUAAACUUUGAUAUGGAAUCAGUGUACCUCAAGAGUGGACAAGCUGAACUCAACUUGUGAGAAAUAGACUCCCUUGUAUUGGAGAAUAUAAUAAAUAAAAUUGAAUAAAUGUUUUUAAUGGAA